AUGAAGCCAUCAUCACUUUCUUGUGUUCUCCUACGUCUCUUCAUCAUCGUGACUACAUGCUCAAUCUCUUCCAUCACUACAGUCAUCUCUGACGAUGUUGUAGACAUUACCGGAGACCUCGUGAGAAAUGGUGGGAAAUACUACAUCAUCCCAAUGGAAGGUAGCGACUACCCCGCCCCAACCACGCGUGGCAGAAUCAAGCUAACAGACAGUAUUUAUGGUGAGAAAAUUUGUCCACUUGUCGUUGUGCUUGAUCCAUCGGAUGAUAAACUAGGAGACGGGUUCUACUUUUCUCAGCUUACUCGACAGUUAUAUCUCGAUUCAUCAAGCAUUCGUAUUGAUUCGGGGCCUCCUGUGGGUGAAUGUGAAGCGUCGACAUCUUGGACCAUCGGAUGA